AAAAUGUAUUUUACAGGCCUAUUUCCCACAACUGAGUAAACCCGACUAAUAUCUAAAUGUUCUUAUCUAUAUUAUGAAGUAAACCUAGUUGAAUCAUACAUAUAUAGACAUACGUUUAUCUUACCUACGUUAUUUGAGUAAGAUAAUAUACAACAGUACACACUUGGUACGGUUUUGUGUCGUUUUUGUAUAUAGAAAUCCAAAAAAUAAGUAAUUAUGUGCACCAUGGGUUGUGCAGAAGGAAUUGUGAAAUUGCUUAUGUUCGCAGCCAAUGUGAUUUUUAUGCUUGGCGGUUUGGCACUCGUCAUUGUGGGAGUACUAUACAAAUUAAAUUUAGAUGACUACACGAACGCGCUCCCAAGUGAUUAUCAAGCUAUAAAUUGGGCGCCAACCUUAACUAUUGUUGUGGGCUCAAUCAUUUUUGUCAUAGCUUUCUUGGGUUGUUGUGGAGCUAUCAGAGAAAGUACUUGCUUACUUACAACGUAUGCAGUAAUAUUGUUGGUUAUAUUUUUGUUGCAAAUCGCUGUUGGAGUUUUUGUUUUCUUAGAAAUUAAAGAUAAAAAUGACUUCAAAGUGAAAAUAGAUAAUUCAAUUACUCAAUUGUUUAGUCAAAAUGAUGAUGCUAGUAGUAGAGAAUUACGGGAUUUCAUUCAAUCACAGUUGAAAUGUUGUGGUCCGAAAGGACCAAGUUUCAUUACUGACAAACCAAAGUCGUGUUAUCCAAAUGAAGAUGUUCACUCGUCCAUCUAUACUGAAGGUUGUAUCAAUGUUUUCUACGAUUUCAUAAUAAAAUCCAUGGAAAUUAUUGGAAUAGUAGUUUUGACGUUAUCUGCUCUCGAGGUUGUUGGAUGCGUAUUUUCUCUAUGUUUGUCAAGCAGUAUUAAAAAUAGGGAAAGAAGAUUUAGAUACUAGGUUCUUAAGAUUUCAAUACAUAUUCAAGAAGAGGAAUGCCAAAGAAGCAAAGAAAUAAAAAAAGAAAAUAAUUUAAAUUUAAAUGAAGACCUUCGCCACAGAACUCGCCACCAUUGUUUUAAUACAUUAAUUUUGAAACCGGUAUAAUUUGUGACCUACUUUUUGUAUUAAUAUUUUUUUUUAUUAAUACCGAUACCGAUAAAAUAAAAAUAAUACUAAUAAAAAUGGGUUUUAGAUUGAUCAAUAAAAGUUUAAUUAUUUUUUCUUUCAUCACAUUCCGCAUUAAAAUUGCGUGUACGAGUAUGUUGAUUUUUUACUUUUCAGCAAAAUGAAUAAAAAUAAAUAAGAACAAAUAACGAUAUUAUUCCAGGCAUUAAAAUGCAUUAGCGAGUUAUUAAUGUUUAUAAUAUAUUAUUCAAAUUUAAUUUGGUAGUUG